AGAGAUCAAAAUCCCCAGCUUGGCUAAUUAGAGAGAGAUGGAAAGAAAUGGCGGGAACCCAAGAAGCCGAAUUCCAAGAGUUGCAGAGAGAUGAGUGCUCUUUUGUAUGGGAUGACGAAUCUAAGCUGUAUUACCAUGCCAGUACUGGAUUUUAUCACGAUCCGGAUGCUGGUUGGUACUACAGCAGUAGAGAUGGCAUGUACUACAAAUUUGAGGAUGGGCAUUAUCUUCCGUUGGAAUAUGGGAAGGGUGAAGAAUCUAAAGCUGACCAGUGUAGGGAGAUGGUUUCUGAUGAACAUAUUCAAGGCCAAAUGGAGUGUGUUAACAGCAGCGAACCUGAGAAUCCAUCUUCAACUUCAGAAUGGUUAGAGGAGACACUAAUUGAUCUGUAUUUAACGGGUUAUCCAAACUCAAGAAUCAAUGCUACAGAUGAUUCGGCAAUACCCUUGGAAUCUGAUGGUUCAGGUGAUAAUGAUACUUAUGAAAUAGAAGAAGGUGAAUGGAUCCAUGAAGACUUUCAAGAUGUGUCAAAUGAAAGAGUUUCUGAUGAAGUUGCUUCAUGCGAUGAAGAGAACUGGCGGGCUCAAUAUGGUCAAGUUGUAACAUCCAGGGAAGAGGAUGUACUGCCUUUCCGUGCUGUAGAUUUAUGGGAUUGGGCAAUGGUUAAGGAGACUGUAAGAAAGAAAAAACAUCAAGUGGCAAGACUGGUUGGUAGGCUGGUGAAACCGUCCAUGAAGCUUCAUCCAUCUUUGCCUUCUAGUGGGGGUAUUCUGAAAACUUCUGCAAUAUGUGAAGUACAUUUUGAUCUGGUACGAGUUGCAUCAGGGGAAGUAUAUAGGUUGAGGAGCCCUAGCAUGAGAUACUUAGCUUCUUUAUCAACUUAUGAUUCUUGUAACCCAACGAAAGAUUGGGGCUUCCCUGAGUUACUAGUUGAUAACCAAAGUAUCUCCCUAUCUAAUAUUGAUGGAACUUGUGAAGCUGCAAUCUCAGUUGAAGUUCCCAUUGGCAAAGAUUCAUGUGCAUCACCAGUUGAACUCUCAGUAUUGAAGUGUAAGAUCCCUGAAUACAGGGAUAGAGCUGCGGCGAGAAGAGCAUUACAUGGCGGAUUUGGAGUUGGUCCAGGCCAAAAGAAUUCAGGAGUUGGUGAUUUUGAUACGGAGUCGUCUCCUCCUGUUUCUUCAGAAGAAGCUGCCGCUGAAGCCUUGAACAACUCAUUUGGAGCUGGUAGUUAUGCCAGAAGAAUUUUAGAAAGCAUGGGCUGGAAGGAGGGUGAAGGUCUUGGAAAUACCAACAGGGGUCUUACAGAGCCGUUGAAUGCAGUUGGUAACAAAGGUUAUUCUGGAUUGGGAUGGGAAAACAAUCGAUUCAACUAUCACUGAAACAAGUGGGCUGUUUCUGCAGACACAAUUUGUAAACUAAUUUUAGUUCUAACUGAU